GCAUACCCAUCGAUGGACAACUCCGAGAAUAUGGUGGAGGCGGAUACUGCAUGCUUUUACAAGGACCUACUUCCGAUUUGAUAGCCAAGCUUAAGAAAGCUUCAAGGACGGAACAAAUUGGAAUCAGAGCAAAGUCUUUGCUGAUUCAUACCACGCUGCAAACAAUCACGUCUGUGAUCGCAUAUUACCUCCGACAAGUAUACAUUGAUAAGGCGUUGGAGAACUUCGCUGCAACUAACGGCAACGUAUAUAUCAAUCUUGAACUGCAAAGGAAUGUAGAGCUUCUGUUCACGUUCUGCCUGGCCGGCGUCGUGUUCUUUGUUGCUUGCAAAAUGAUUAAGAUUUUAC